CGAAAUAUUUUACAAUAUCUUUAACAGAUUUAAAACAACAUUGUUUACAAUUUUGUUUCUGGUCGGACAGCUACAGCAAUGGAAUGCAUAUAGCCACGUAGGAGCAGAGAAGAAGCGUCCAAAAGGGGAGCUUCUUGUUGUCAGUUCACGAACUCACCGACUGUCAAAUCUCGAAGACAAUGUAUUGAGAGAAGACACCCUGAAGCAUAUUUAAAAUGGAAAGUGAAGCUCAGCAGCCAGAUGUAAACUUGCUAUCCAAAGAUGGCGGCAGUGAUUCUACAGAGGAUGGCGUACUGAUACUGAAGAAAGCAGGACUGGAGACGCCACUGGCCUCAGGGAAUGGUCUAAAAAGUCCUGUCAGAGGAGACGCAGUGCCGAACGGAGGAGAACGACUGGCGGUGGAGGGCCGGGGCGCUGACGGGGUGAACGGCCGUCCCAACGGCCCCCCGUCUCCGCCCCUCCCUCCCCAGGGUGUCAGCCCCGCUCGCAGCCCCCCGUCCACAAAGCCGUCCCCCCAAGGUGUGGCUGCUCUCCCACCCAUGCUAGAGAAGUCUGAGGAGUCUAGUGCUGAGGGCACGGGUCACAAGGGUGACACUUUGCAGUCGCUCAGACUAAGUAUGCCUAUGCAGGAGACGGAAUUGUGUAAGCAUACUGAAACCUGUAUCACUGCCAAGGAGCCCUCCCUGGAGAUGGAGAACGAGGAGAAGAUUCGCCUGGACGCUCGCAGGCGCUUGGAGGACCAGCUCAAACAGUACAGAGUCCAGAGACACAAGGAGAGGUCCCAUCGCUCUACCCCGAAGAGUCGUCUGUUUAGCACUCUGGACCCAGAGCUCAUGCUCCACCCCGAAGCUCUCCCGCGGGCCAACACCGUUUCCAUGACGACAGAGUACUCCUUCCUAAGGACAAGUGUGCCCCGGGGGCCCAAACUGGGCAGCCUUGGCAUCCCCCCAUCCAAAGAGAAGAGGACCACGUCCAGAUCCCCCCGGCCCAGCAAGAUCCACUCCCUGGCUGACUACAAGUCCCAGGAGACACCAGCUGGAGCCGGAGGUGGAGGUGGAGGAGGAGGAGGAGAUGGAUCGAGGACCUCCGCAGAUUCCUCCAUGUUCUCCCACGGCUCCUCCCUGAGCUCCGUGUCCACCCUGUCCGAGGUCAGCGUCCUGUCCGAGUUCGGCUCCUCGGAGACGGACGCCCAGCCGGCUCCGUCCCUCCAGCCCGCGGACAACGCGUCCGAGGUGGACGGCAGCGAGUCGGGCGCCAGGCCCGGAGACGGAAACGACAGCGACAGCUCGUCCUACAGCAGCGCGUCGGCCAGGGGCACCGCCUACGGCCUGCUGUCCGCCGCCGUGAGCAGACAGGGGGCGGCCUACACGGUGGAGGGCCGGGAGAUCGCCGCCGAGGCCAUGGGCCAGUUCCCCUCGCUGCGGGAGGUGCUGCAGGCCGCCAGCGACGAGCACCAGCACCUGGGGCAGCUGGAGCAGGACGGGGAGGCGGCGGGGGAGCCGCGCAGCCGGAGGGACAGCUUCUCCAGCAGCGUGUCCUUGGAGAGCUCGGUGAUGGGCCACGAUGAGAUGCUCCAGGUGCUGAAGGAGAAGAUGAGGCUGGAGGGGCAGCUGGAGUCCCUGUCCUCGGAGGCCAACCAGGCUCUGAAGGACAAGACGGAGCUGCAGGCCCAGCUGGCCACGGUGAACGCCCAGCUGCAGGGCCAGAUGGAGCAGGCGCGGGCCAGCCAGGAGAAGCAGGGCGCCCUGGCCACAGAGGUGUUCACGCUGCGCCAGAGCUGCUCCCAGCUGGAGCGGGCCAUGGUGGAGCUGCAGGGCAGCCUGGAGAGCAAGAACGCCGGCCUGGCCUCGGUGGCCAACGACCUGCAGGUGGCCGAGGAGCAGUACACCCGGCUGGUGGGGAAGAUGGAGGAGAUGCAGGAGGUGGUCACCUCCAGGGACAACACGGUCCAGGACCUACGUCAGCAGAUGGGUGGGCUCCAGGGGCAGCUCCAGCAGGUGCAGGCGGAGCGCAGCACCCUGCAGAGUCGGUUGAAGACCUCCCAGGCCGAGAUCGACUCCCUCCAGCAGGUCCGACAGUGGUACCAGCAGCAGCUGGCCACCGCUCAGGAGGCCCGCGUCCGGCUCCAGGGAGAGAUGGCCAACAUGCAGGUGGGUCAGAUGAACCAGGUGGGAGUGCUGGAGCACCUGAAGCUGGAGAACGUGACCCUGUCCCACCAGCUGACUGAGACCCAGCACCGCUCCAUCAAGGAGAAGGAGCGCAUCGCUGUGCAGCUGCAGAGCAUCGAGGCUGACAUGAUGACUCAGGAAGCGGCCUACCAGCAGAUCCAGGACGCCAAGAGCAUGGUGGAGGACGACCUCACGCACAAGCUGGAGGAGUUUGAGGAGGAGCGGGAGCACCUACUGAAGCUGGCCAACACGGCCAGCGCUCUGGAGAGGGAACUGGAGCAGGUGAGGUUAACCCUAUCCCAGAAGGCCGUGCAGCUGGAGUCCCUCCAGAAGGAGCACCUGGAGCUGAUGAGGUUGCUGACGAGCACCCAGGAGACCCUGCAAACCAAAGAGCAGUCCAUCAACCAGCUGGAGGCCCGCUACCUGGAGCUGGAGGCCCAGCUGGGCGAGCUGCAGGCGGAGGCCGGCGCCAAGGACGACACCAUCCAGUUCCUGCGGAACGAGAAGAUAGUCCUGGAGGUGGCGCUGCAGGCCGCCAGGGCAGACAAGAGCCAGCUGGACGAGGGGGCGGAGCGGCUGGGAGAGGAAGUGCUGGUGGCCUCGGACGUGCUGGACCAGCUCAGGCAGGAAGUCCAGGUCAAAACGUCGCAGAUUGAAUCUCUGCAGCAGGAAAAUGGUACACUGAAGAAACACGCCCAGAAGCUGAAAGAUCAGUUUCAGCAACAGAAGGUCAUGGUCGAAGCCUAUCGGCGGGAUGCCACCUCCAAGGACCAGUUGAUCGGCGAACUCAAGUCCACCAAAAAGCGCCUGGUGUCGGAGGUGAAGGGCCUGAAGCAGGAGCUGCUGAGCGCCCAGGGGGAGAAGCAGAAGGCCGAACUGGAGCAGAGCCGGCUGCAGAAGGAGGUGACUCGUGUCCAGGAGCAGAUGAACAGUCUGGAGGCCCACCUGCAGGCUGUUCAGACCGAGAGAGGCCAGCUGGAGAACCAGGUUCAGUCUCUGCAGUUUGACCAGAGCCAGCUAGCAGCUGUGACGGAGGAGAACGAGGGCUUGAGGAAGCAGGUGGAACAGAUGCAGGGUGACGCCAAGAAGGCCAUCUCAGAACAGAAGGUGCGGAUGAAGCGCCUGGGGACCGAUUUGACCAGCGCGCAGAAGGAGGUGAAGGCCAAGCACAAGGCCUACGAGAACGCGGUGGGGAUCCUGAGCCGCCGACUCCAGGAGGCCCUCACCGGCAAGGAGGCCACUGAGGCGGAGGUGGUUAAACUCAAGGCCCAGGUUGCGGAGGGAGGAGACCGCAAGGCCUUCCAGGACAAACUUGAGGCCCUGCAGGGUGAGCUGAAGGCUGUGAGCCACAGCAAAGCCAUGCUGGAGAAGGAGCUUCAGGAGGUCAUCAACCUCACCUCCACUGAGCUGGAGGAGUACCAGGAGAAGGUCAUGGAACUUGAGGACGAGCUUCAGGAGGCGCGAUGCUUCAAGAGGAGGAUCAGGAAGCUGGAGGACGCCAACAAGAAGCUGGCGCUGGAGCUGGAGCACGAGAAAGGCAAGCUGACGGGGCUCGGGCAGUCCCACAACGCGCUGCGGGAGCAUACCAACAUCCUGGAGACGGCCCUCGCCAAGAGAGAGGCCGAUCUGGUCCAGCUCAAUCUUCAGGUCCAAGCUGUUCUGAGGCGGAAGGAGGAGGAGGACCAGCAGAUGAAGCAGUUGGUUCAGACGCUGCAGGAGUCCCUGGAGAAGGAGAGGGCCAAAGUCAAAGACCUCAAAGAGCAGGUGGCAGCGGCGAAGGCUGAGGCGGCUCACAACAGGCGUCACUACCGGGCAGCCAUGCUGGAGCUGUGCGAGAUCAAGAAGGAUCUGCAGGCCAAGGAGGAGCUGGUGAAGGCUCUGCAUAGCGAGGCGCGCAAGCUACAGUCUCAGGAUGAGAAACAUUCUCAGGAAGUGUCCAGGUUCCAGGAGGAGUUAUCGGACGCGCACUCCCAGCUGCAGAUCCUCCAGAAACAGCUGGACGAGGAGCUCAACAAGCAGCCGCUCAUCAACCAGGAGGUCGAGGACUUGAAGUGGGAGAUGGAGCAGAAGCAGAGGGAGAUGGAGGCCCAGAAACAGCAGCUGGAGCUGCUGGAGGAGUGCAGUCACAGGGAGCUGGACGCCGUACAGACCGCCCUACAGAGCAUCAAGGUGGAGCUGGAGUCUGCGCAGGAGGAACUGGGGAGCACCCGGAAGGAUAAGUUCAUGCUGCAGGCGAAAGUGGGCGAGCUAAGGAACAGCAUGAAGACAGUCCUCCUUCAGAACCAGCAGCUCAAACUGGACCUAAAACAGACCCGCAUGAGGAAGCAACGUAUGGAGUUGAAGGGGGAUGGGAAUCCAUCCAACCCAGUGACUCCAGUGAAGAUCCCGGACUGUCCUGUGCCUGCCUCCCUGCUGGACGAGCUAUUGAAGCCCUCAGCCUCCGUCAACAAGGAGCCCCUCAAUAAUCUACACAACUGUCUACGUCAACUCAAGCAGGAGAUGGACAGCCUUCAGAAGCAGAUGGAGGAACACACAGUCACGGUACACGAGUCCAUGAGCUCACUGACCAGUGCUGAGGAGGAGCUAGCCCGACUUGGGGUGCAGGACAGUGACUCGACUGGCCCCUCCUCCCCCCUGAACGAUGUGGUGGAGAAUCACUCAGCGGAGGAGGAGCCUCAGGCGUCGUAAUGCAGGAGAGUGGUGGAGUUUUAUCCACAGAGGGCACUUUUCCUUUGUUUUUUGUUUUGUUUUCAUCCUCAUAUCUUUAUCAUCUCCGAUAAUGGCUGCCAACAUUUGGCAUUAUCCCAUCGGCACAGAUAGCGCUUGUGCAAGUAAUACUAUACCAUAGCUUUACUCAUUCUUUGAACUAUAUUUUUGUUACUUACUUUUUUUGAUAUUUAUUUAUUUGCUGUUCAGAAAUUAAUAAUUUUAAUCGGAAAGCGACAACUUGAAAUUGUCUGUUGUAAUUCAUCCUUUCCCUAGUUUGAUUUACAUACGGCUGCUGUUGGUGUCCUGCUACAGUAUAAGAUUCUGGGUUACAUGCACUAUCUGACCUGUUCUUCCAUUCUCUUGUGCCUGACACUUAAACCUGACACUGAAAUCACUCAUUCCAUUCAUUUGAGUCAGCUGUCCCAUGACUGUUUGAAACUGUUGCGACUUAUUAUUAUAUACUUUUCACAGCUCAGAUUUCACGCCAUUACCAUCUGUUGAGUUUAUAAUGGCCUCUCAUUAAACAGGCACAAUUCCUUUAGUCAAGUUUGCAAUCAAGAUAUCGUUGUGGGUUCUAAAAACACAAUUUCAACUUUUAUUUUCUUUCCAGCGAUCUAAGUAGGCUUGUUUGUGGUAUGACUAGGACUAGUGAUGUUGUGUAUGGAAGGAAUCUGUGAUAUGCUGUCGAAGGAUUAAAUGUAUGGUUUGAAACGUUCUUCUAUUGAAAGUGUGUAUGAUAUGGUAAAUAGGUUACUUUGUAUGAUUGUACUGUUUGCUAAUCAAAAUGCUAUGGUUAAAUGUAAAUUAUUUGGGGUGUUAAGAGUUUGAUAAGAGUUUACUGUAACUAACUUCAAGAGGGCUACGUGGGAAGGGUGUAAGAUAACUUAAGAAAAUGUUACUACUAUGAUGCUCAGAUGUUCAACUUUUGGUGUAGUUAAUAUUGUUCACAAAUAUGUCCACCCCUAAAUUGUUUUUAUUUUAUUUCUGUUUUUCAUUGGCAUGAAAAUGAACAUUUUGCAGAGGUUAAUAUAUUGAACAGGGUUCUCUAUUUUUUUUCUCUUACUAGUUUCCCUGCUCAUCUGAACAUUUGACAACGGUGAAACGUGAACUACGAAUAUGAUUUCCGCAGAUACGGAAAACAACAUGUUUUAGUGUGUUUAUAUUCACAAUCUGUCUCUGUCAAGCAAAGCCAAUUGCUUUCUUUAACCACACUGUUAUAAUCUGCGUAUAUGUUCAAAGGGAUACUUAUUAGUCAAAGGCAGAGCCAUUUGCAUUUGACUGGUAGCAACAAACCAACAUAAUCUCUAAUACUGUGUUUUCAAGGGUCUGUAUGUCUAUGUCGGAGACGCGGAUCUCGACAAAAAUGACUGCAUAAAUCUACCUUUAACAAUAGCCUAACUGUAUUUUAACAUAACAUUUGUUGGCAAACAAAGUGGGUACAAGAAAGCUUCACGCUGCGACUAUUUGCUGUUUAGCAUAAACAAUCUGCAACAGUUGAGGUAAUUGAUUAAUUCCAAUACAAAAUAUACUUUUUGGGAGCUGUAUUGGUGUAACUAUAAUUAUCGCAUAAAAAUUGCACUAUUCAUCAGUUUUUGUCCACGUCUUUA